AUGCCCGGGCAACCGCACCAUCACAGCCCUCUGCCGACUUUCAAUGUGUGUCUCCGACUGAUGUGCUCUCACGCUUUCCGUUGCGUCGACGCACCUCUCCAUACCCACACUUGGCAGCUCUUCAUGGCUGCUGCCUCUUCCGCCACCCCCGCGGUUGCACCAGGGGACCGCUACUUCACCCGUGAGCCCUGCUGCCUACAGUGCUGUCACCGCAGCAGCGGCGCGUUAGUGGCACGGCUAGCCGGAUCACUUGAGCACAAUGCCGCCACUGGCGAAGAUGCGGAGCUAGCCUUUCCAUCAGUCGCUGCAGCGGACCGCGACGUAGCGUGGAUCGCGGUGAGGCCGUACAGCUACCUCUUCCGCGCACCGGUGAAGGGUCGGUGGCUGGGCCGCGGCCUUCUGGAGCUCUUCCUGCAAGAGUUUGCCUUCGUGCCGUUCGACACGACUGCCACCGCCACAGCAGCGCCGUCGUCGUUGGCGCGGGCGCUCGCAUCCGACGGCACAACCUCCAGCGCCUUCCGCUCUGCAGUGGUGCCACUCCUGUUACAGGGGCGAGCGGCGUCGAUGUGGCCGUCACGCACCGCGUCCCUGUUGCCCUCGACGUGCAUCGGUGGCGGCGCCACGCUCGACCGUCGCUUCACCCUCCCCGCGUACAUUGAGGAGCUGUGCGACGGCGUGCUUUGGCUGCACGACCGAGAGGCGGAGUGCCGGGCGGCGGGGCGCCGGUACCGAGAGGCACUCAUCGAUGCUGUCGCACGCGCGCGACGCAGCCACCUCAGCCCCGGCAGCACGGAUGGCGGUGUUCGUGACAGAGGCGACAGCGGUGCGCUUGAAGAGCAGUCGCAGAUGGGGGUACCUCCUCAAGCGACGGCGCCAGCAGCCACGCUUUGCGCGAUACCGAGCAGCGAGGCAAGCGCGGCGCCGAGUGAGUGGGCCGCGUGGUGUCGUACAGUUCUGUGGCUGGUGGAGUUGCCUUCCGAGGCCGAAGUCGAUGCGCUGCUGCCGCGCGUGUUGCUGGCCGCAUCCACGCCUCCAUCCGGAGACAGCACCGGUGCGCAGGUAACUGAGGAAGCAGACACCGCGAGCGCCUCUGCCGUCCGUGCUCCUCCUCCGCCACUUCUCUCGCUUCGGCAGAGGGACGUGGUGUGUCACCGUGUGUGGCGUCGCGAAGGACGCAUGUUUGCGCACGCUCCGCUGGAGAUCAUCCGCUGCGACGUUGCCGCCGUUGUGACUGCCGUGCCUCCUGUGGCGCAUUGCAAGACGCCGCUGUCCGCGGCGAAGACGCUUGCCAUGAUCGUGGUAAGUAAGCCGCCGGGGCUGCCGGUGCACCCCUCCGGGUGCUACCGAAAGAAUUCGGUGACGAGCAUCCUUGAAGACGUGCUGGGCGGCGGAGGCGACGGCGAUGUGCGUCGCCUUUACCGCAUCGAGGAGCACUACGUCGGCCCGGCGACGGGCAGUACUCUGCCGCAUCGGCCGUACGCCUCCGUUGUUCACAAGAAGGGUGGCUUUGAGCUCAUUCGAGUGUGGCUGCGGCGCACUCCGUGCGCGAGGGACGCUAGCGUAGCCGUCGCUGACGGCUCUUUGUCGGUUCCCGCCUCUGCCGAUGAGACUGGCGUGACUGCCGAGGACUGGGCAGUGCUCAAGACCCUCUUCAUGCGCGAACGCGAGGCGACGACGCAACGGCCUCAGCCGAGCAGUCCGCAAGAGGAUGACGGUGCAGAUUGCCACGAUGCCAUCGCCGUCGCAACGGAGACGGGACGGCACGUGAAGCGUCCGCGCGAAGUCAAAGGCGGCGAUGAGGAUCAAUCGUGGACCGCCAAUGCCCACCAGGAUACCACCACAAAUGUGAUGCGCGCAUCGAGGGGCGACGCCGCAGCUGCUGUCCCGCCCUCGUACACGAUGAAGGCCUUCGUCGUGCAUAGACUUGACGCGGCCACCAGUGGUGUACUGCUCUUUGGGUUGAACAGCUACACGGCGCGGCGCACGGCGGCGGCCAUUGCGAAUAAGUCUCUCCAGGGCGACGGCGACAGCGGCGACGACGACAGGCCCUCUCACGGCAGUGUCCGUGGGGGAGAUGACGCGAGUGACGGCGCUGGCUCGGAGAGCCCGCCUCUACGACUACCGGCGUCGUCGUCGCUCAAGGUCUAUUGCGCGCGAGUGCACGGUCAGGUACAUCUCGACAGCCUCGCACGCGAGCAGCAUCAUUGCCUCCUUCACAACCCAUCGCCACUGGCGCAACGCACGAGCGAUGGGCUCGGGGCACCUGACGCUGCUGGUGCGAGCGCUGCCGCGAGAAGUGCGGCACGACACAACGCUGCCGCCGAGCUCCUUGUCUGUCGACCUAUCGGGUGCUUGGAUCACCACAACAGCCUGUACUGGUCGCCGGAUGCCGCCGUCACAGACUCGUGGCAGCUGCACCAGGCAGACGCCAAACAACAGCAACAGCAGGCAGGCGAGCUGCGCAACCGCUCGCUCUCGGGCGGACGAGGGAAGACAGGGCGCACGCCAGAGGCCGUUGAGGCUAAGCACGAGCGCAUGCGGCAGCUUACACGAGGUGGCGGGGCGUCCUCGUUAGGCGCAUGGGCUGCAGCUCUGCAACCUGUGAGCGGCGUUGGGGCAGCUCAGCCGGCGCGAGGCACGUUGCCGGCUCUUUCAGAUAGCUCCAGGCGUGUGCAGCAGUAUUUGGAGACGCUUCGCUCGGCCCAAACGGCGUUACAGGUGAUGCACUACGACGCAGCGACCGAUCAGACAGUGGUGAAGUGCACCCUAGGCACAGGUCGCACGCAUCAGCUACGCGUCCACCUCGCCUCUCUCGGACACCCGAUUGUGCACGACAGCAAGUACAUAGCCUUGGAGGCGCACAUGCGCAACCUGGCUAAAGACGGCAAACACGGCCUGGUAGAGGGCGGUGAGGCGACCGCGGCCACCGGCGUCCCCCGCACGCCUCUCGCUUCCGAAGCUUCGCUGGCUCGCUUCUACGAAAGCCCUGAUGCUGCCGACAGCUCGGAGGUUGGUGGCAGCGCUGCCGCAGCUGGUGCUGCGAUGGGGGGAAGGUGGCAGUCGGAGGUCUUCGCAGAGGGCAGAAAUGCGCGCGGCUGCGUAUGCCCGGAGGCCAUCGAUCUGCACGCUUGGCAGUAUACGCUUGCGUACGACGACGGCGAACUUGUGUCAGUGGAAGUGCCGCUGCCCUCGUGGGCGCAUUGA